AUGACGUCGGCUUCAUGCGCCGGAAAUGUAAACCCAAAGAAACCCGAAAUGCUGAUGUGUUACAAGAAAUCACACCGAUGAGUGACUUUCGAGUCUGUUUUUUGAGGCUGUAGCACUAAAAACCAUUGUAGAUAGUGUCGGGAUCGCAGGUCGAUGUCAAAGAAGACGCAGAGAAAGAGAACAGAAGCGGGUCAGAGAGCCAAUGGCGCCCAAAGGUAAGGUUGGCACAAAGGGAAAGAAGCAGAUCUACGAGGAGAAUGAAGCUACGCUGAAGUUUUACACUCGAGUCAUCCUCGGAGCUAAUGCAAUUUAUGCUGCUGUAAAUCUUUUGGUUUUCUACAGUUCAUCAACAUUUUGGACAUGGCUGCUGCUUGUGUUCGCCCUGGCAGUAUAUGUUGGGAGUUACCGCUCCAUGUCAGCCAUGGCCAAGCCAGUGUUUGCUGAGGAUGGAAGUCUCCUGGAUGGAGGAAUAGACUUAAACAUGGAGCAGGGAAUGGCAGAGCACCUGAAGGAUGUCAUCCUGCUAACAGCCAUAGUACAAGUUCUCAGCGUAAUCUCGUCUUAUUUCUGGUAUCUCUGGCUGCUGGCGCCGGCUCGCGCCCUGCACCUGCUGUGGGUGAACUUUCUGGGCCCCUGGUUCAUGGCAGAAAGCCCCUCAGCGCCUGAGGAAGUGAACGAGAAGAAGCAGAGAAGACAAGAGCGCAGACAGAUGAAGAAAUUCUGAUGCUGCAGAGCAGACUGAACAGUAUUUUUAUACAACGAAUCUAAUAUACGGAUGGCGAAGACCUCAUAAGUUAUUCAGGAAGAAUUUCUGUUAUUAAGUUAAAGUUGAUUCAAAUCUGAUAAUGUUAGUUUUUAAAGUUUGUUUUCUUUCUUCUUUUCUUCCUGCUAUGUUUUGUUCCAGCAAAAUUACAAAAUGAAAUGUUGCCUGUUAAGAUACCGUCACAGUUCAAAUAUGAUUAAUUCAUGCAGAGAUUUUAGAGUUUUGCUGUUGCACAACUGUGUCAGUCUGCCCCCUAAAGAUUUCUAUCAGACAUCCCCCAGACAGUCUGAUGAUGCAAAAAGAGACGGACCAUAGUCUGCUGGAAUGUUGUGUAAUGCAGAUUGCCAUCAUGGCAUGUCUUUUUAUUUUGUUUAAUUUUAUUUUUCAGUUAAAGUCUGACCUGACAGAUUCUUCACAACAGAGCCAUGAUAUUGUUUGUAACCUUUCAAGUCUUAUAAAUACAAGCUUUAAGAAUGAAAAGGAACAUUUUUGCAAUAAAAAAAUCCUUUAGCGUU